AGAAGAAGACAUUGCGGAAGUUUCUAGAACACGUUCCUACGUCUGUCAACCAGAACAUUCAAGCUGACAGUGUGCUGGUGAACGUGCGGUGUAUUCGUCUGGAAGAAUUUUGCCAACAUGUCGGUCAUUUCACAGACUAAUGUCCGGGGGGAGAGUUUGUUCCGGGACAUUAGCGCCGACAAUGACGACGCCAUGCCGACGGAGAUUGAGAGCAUGUGUAUGAACUGUCACGAGGACGGUAUGACCCGUUUGCUCCUCACUAAAAUCCCGUUCUUCAAAGAGAUCAUCCUGAGCUCGUUUAACUGUGACCACUGCGGCUUUUCCAACACUGAGAUACAGUCCGCUGGAAGGAUUCAGGAGCAGGGCGUGUGUUACACUCUCAAAGUCCGAUCCAAACAAGACCUGGACCGGGAGGUGGUGAAGGCUGACAGUGCAGUUACCAGGAUCCCCGAGCUUGACUUUGAAAUCCCUCCGUUCACGCAGAAAGGCUCGUUGUCGACUAUCGAGGGUAUUCUGGACCGAACCAUCGCAGGACUGGUGCAGGACCAGCCUCUCAGAGAAGCUACGGAUCCCGAAGUUGCAGCCAAAGUGUCUGAAUUCAUCGACAAGCUGAAAAAGCUGAAGGAUGUCGAGGAAGAGUUCACGUUAGUGAUUGAAGACUCAUCCGGGAACAGUUUUGUUCAAAACCCAUCCGCUCCUCACAAGGAUGAGGCUCUGACUGUGACCCGAUUCAAGCGCUCAGUUGAGCAGGAUAUGCAGCUGGGGAUCAGAGCUGACGAUGACUUCACUGAAGAGGAGAAGAAAGAUGAUCUGGACUCCAUGAGAAGUGAGGUUCUGAUGUUCAAUACCAACUGCCCUGAGUGCAACGCACCAGCCUCCACCAACAUGAAGCUGGUCCAGAUCCCACACUUUAAAGAGGUGAUCAUCAUGGCCACCAACUGUGACAACUGUGGACAUCGUACCAAUGAGGUGAAGUCAGGAGGUGCCACAGAAGACCUGGGUACUAAGAUCACCCUGCACAUCACAGAUCCGUCAGACAUGACCCGAGAUGUACUCAAGUCUGAGACCUGCAGCGUUCUUAUCCCGGAGUUGGACUUUGAGCUGGGUAUGGCAGCGGUAGGGGGAAAGUUCACCACCCUGGAAGGUCUGCUCACUGACAUCAAAACCCUCACCGUUUCCCAAAACCAAUUUGUCUUCGGAGACAGCGGGACGGCCGACCAAAUGGAGAAACUAAAGGCUUUUGAAGAGAAAUUGAACAAGAUCAUCGCUGGAGAGAUGGACGCCCACGUGGUGCUGGACGACCCAGCGGGCAACAGCUACCUUCAAAACGUCUAUGCACCCGAGCCUGACCCGGAGAUGACAACUGAAAAGUACCAGCGCACGUUUGAGCAGAAUGAAGAACUGGGACUGAACGAUAUGAAGACAGAAGGCUAUGAACAGUGAGCUGAUGGAAAAACACUCGAGCUGUUUUGUGUUAAAAUUAAUGAGGGACUCAUGAAUUUCUCCACUUAUUCUCUAAUUUCAGUAACAGAAAAAACAUUCCUCAGUGUAGAAUUGCGUAAAAAAUAUAAAGCAAUGGUGUUGCAUGUUGGGGUUUUUCUUUUACAAUCUUUGUUGUGCAAAUAAAAUCAUAAUUUACUGAAAUUCUGCUUUUUAUGUGUCAAUUUUAAUAACGACACGUGAGUGUAAGAAGUUAGACAUGUUUAUUGCCAAGUAUGUGUAUUAUUUAUAUAAAAAAGUAUUUUGUUAUUGUGGGCGUGGUGAACAAAAAUAUGAAUUUAUAGUGCUAUAUACACACUUCAUUGACCAAAAAAACUGUUGUUUUAAAAGGUCCCUUAACCUAGGAUUGGAAAUUUGAGGUUGCAGUUUGAAUUGAUGGAAUAGAAUUGAAUAAAAUGGAAAACAUAUUCUGUAUAUUUGAAAUAAUACAACAUAUGGACACAUCAAGUGCAUAACUAAACAUCAAGACAUAAUAAAUGUUAAGUAUGGUUUUCCCUGUUGACAGUAAAUGUCUUUUUUUUUUCCGAUUCCCUCGUUGGUUUUUGUUUCGUGGUUGUCACGG